GAAGCACAUCAAGUCUGUAAUAGAAUUUUAAAAUAAAAGAGUUUUUAAAAUAAAAGAGAUUUAAAUUGAUUAUUUUUAAGCAUUUUAAAAAAUAAGAUGAAUGGAUUGUUUUUGAUGAUCUGUUAUGCUAACUAUGUAAUAUCUCAAAAUGCGUCAGAAGAAUUUAAUUUCACUGGGCCGAUCCUGUUACAAAGCACUAAUCUACUUUAUACAUUUAUAAAUUUUUAUGAAGAGUACGUAGUUUCAUUUGAAAUAAAUCCAAUUUCAAUUUAUCGAUCAUUAUAUGGAAAUGUAAUCCAUCUGACAGCUAACGGAGAUUAUAUAAAUUAUGGAGAUAGAAACCCAGCUGUUUUUUUUUGUCCAGUAGUACCACAACAAGGAUUAUUUAGUGUUUCUACUUCAAUUAAUGGGUCAGUACAAAAUUUUUAUACAAAGUCUCUUCCAUUAAAUCAAUGGAGUUUAGUAGAGAUAUUGCAGGAGUUUGUUGAUUCAAAUUUUGUAUACAGCAUUAGUAUAAAUAAAACAAAAAUUUACUCCUCAGUAAAUAACCAAACUAUUCAACUAUCGAAUGUUAAGCUGUAUGCUUCUAAUCCUUGGCAUAAUGCUCAAAAUGGCUAUAUUAGAAAUUUAUACGUGUUCACUAGCAAAACGGACCCACUGACAGUUAUUCCUUCUACUCAAUUUUCAACUGAUCCAGUGACGAUCCUUCCUUCUACUCAAUAUCCAACUGUUGUAUCUGGUUGUACAAAUGAUAGUUCUACAGACUUUCAAUUAACAGCAACUGGUUACCUGGUUGAAAAUAUAUUCUUUUGUGUUUCGGUUUGCAAUUCUUUUAAACCACCAGGAGUCUUUCGUUAUGCAUUUUUUCUUGAAGGAGAGUUUUGUUUCUGCAGAAAUGCAUCUCUUCCAGAGUUGGAUAUUACUAAGUUUAACAGUCCUUGUGUUAAAAGUACAUGCUUAAGUAAUAACAAUAGUUUGGAUUGUUUUCUUAGUAGCUAUGAUGUAAUGUUGCUCUCAUCAGGUAUUGUUGAAUGGAGUGUAACUUAUAAUCCAGCCAAUGUAGUUGUUGGUAACGAAGUUCAAAUAAAAGCCAAUAUAUUAGGAGAUGAUGCAUCAAGUGCAUUCAUGAGACCUAUACCUAGUGAUAUAUCAUCAGUUGUUCAAAUUGUCAACAGUACAACAAUGAAAACACAUUUUUACUUACCUGGCUUACAGGAGUGGUGUGCUGAAAUAGGAAAUGACUUUACAGAACCAUUUACUGCAGUUAGUUGGAUUCAAGUUAGUGAAUAUAUUGAUGGUAUCCAAAUGAUUCCAGCUACAGUUCAGACCAAUGGUGUUAGUUUUUUGAUUAUAACAGAAGGCACAAACAUUAGUGUUUCCUUAUCAAUUCAAAUGGCUCAAAAUAUAAACUUUUCUGCUGAUAUUAUUCAAUUAAUGUUUGGAUCAUCUUUUCUUUAUAACAAAUCUUUACAAGUUUGUUCUCUCUCACAUGGUUUCACUUUAAAACAAAUUUUAGUAUCUGGUCGCUUCAGCAAAGUGAAGUUAAAUAGUGUUUCUAAAGGAUAUAUACAUAUUGCAAUAUUGCGACCAUUAUGCAAAAGCAGUACAGAUAUUUGUCCAUCUUCAUUUCAUUGUACUAAUACUUGCUUUCGAAAAAUGUUAUUGGAAGCUUCAAAUUCUUCAACAAUAACUGCAUUGGUUGUAUAUAGAUUUGUUUUUCUACUAAAUGAUACUGGAGUUAUUGAGAUACCAAUUCGAAACAAGUUUAAUGAAAUUUUAGAUAAUGAUAUGAUUUGGAUUGGUGGAAAUACAAGUUUACUUUGUAAUGAAACGGUAUCAAAAUCAAUUCAAGACUUGGGAGCAAUGAUUGCGAAUACUGUUACAUUCUUAGCCAAUACAAUUAGUAACAUUGAUUUUUUUAUAUCAAUUUUUAUCUCAAAACCAUUUGAGUAUUUAGUUCCAUUACCUUCAAGUUCUGGAUUAUUCAACAUAACUGUUAAUGCUUCUAAUAACAUUCCUUCAUUUCAGCAAUUUACUUUUUCUUUAAACAACCAGAUUCCUGUUAGCAAUUUAAAUUUUGCGGAUAUGAAGCCAUUUUCUAAUUUUAUAGCUGGAUAUAAGGUUGAUAGUUGGAUACCUUUUAAAGCUGUUAUAGACAAUGGAACAGAUGUUAUAUACAUGUUCAAUAUUCCAAAACUAAAUUUUACUGCAAUUGUUUCAAAUGGUGAAGUUAGUUUUAAGCCAGUUUCUUCAGGUGUUUUCACUGUGUAUUUGACAGCUGGAAACAAGUUAAACACUCUAAACACUUCAAUUGAUAUUGCAGUUUUGUCUGAAAUAAAUGGCCUAAGUUUGGCUGUUGAUAAAAGUUUAACAAAAGAUGUUGCUUUUAUCACAAAUGUUACAAUAUUUAAUGGCACCAAUGUACUGUUGGUUGUUGAUUUUGGUGAUGGAUCACCUGUUAUAAAGAAAGAAAAUAUUGAUGCUACUGGUGUGAAUGGAUUGUUUUUCCCUAUUGCAUAUAAAUAUUCUGUCUGCAGAGUGUUUACAAUCAAUGUUUUUGUAGGAAACACUUUUGCAAAUGGUUUCAAAACAGUCAAUAAAUCACUAUCAAAGUCCACAAGUGUCACAGUUUUUUGCCCUUUGUCUCCUUUAAAUAUUUCAACAAUGCCCAUUAAUUCAAGUAAUGGAAAUGUUCUAUUGUCUCUCAACAAAACUAUCAUCAUUAACGUGCAUCAGUAUUCAGGUUCAUAUAUGUUAUACUCAAUUGAUUGGGGAGAUGGUGAUUCUAUUCUUAACAAUCAGACCAUGAAUGUAAGUCCUGUUUCAUUUCAAGUACAGCAUAUGUACAAAACUGAAAAUACAUAUAAUAUCUCUAUAUCUUGUAAGAACUAUAUGCAAAGUGUGAAUUACUCAAUAAUGGUUUUAGUUAAAAAUUGUUCAGCACCAGAAAUUACUUUUUAUUAUGGAACAUUUUUAAAUCCAAUGAUCAUUAUGCAAAGUAUCGGGGCAGAUUUAACUGCGAUUAUUGAUAAUGCUAAUUCAUUUUGUAUAAACAAAAAUUAUAGUUUUAAAUGGAAUCUUACAAAUUAUUCAGCAAAACCUAUAAUAGCACAAGAUGCCAUAUCGAUAGAGACUCUUUCUCAACAAACAAUUACUUUUAGAAUAAAAAAAAAAGCGCUUUCUGUUGGUCUUUACAUCUUUUCAGUAGUAUUUAACUAUGGUGUUGACACUUUUGUUUAUAACGCAUUUUUAAAUGUGGUUUUCUCAUCGCUGUACAUAGAUAUUGAAAAUGGACUUUUUAAUUCUAUUGCAUACAAAAAGAAAAUUGGAAAUGAAAGUUUUCACCAAAAUUUUACGAUAAGCGCAAUGUCCAGUUAUGAUCCUGAUGAUCCAAGUGCUGAAAUACAAAAUAUCACUUUUAAAUGGAGAUGCAAAAUAGCCAAAAAUUUUUCAUAUGCCAUAGAACUUAUGGAAAAUUUCACACUUCUGAAUUUAACAUAUCAAAGUGAUACAUGUUUUAGUCAACACUGGUAUAAUAUUCUAUCUUUAAAUCCAUAUAUAAAUUAUAGUACACUACAGUUUCUAGAAGGUAUAAGUUAUCAUUUUGAAGUUUGUGGGACUAAGUAUGCAGGGAAAGAUUUAGAUUCAAAUGACAUAAACAAGACAAGUUGUUUCAUUCAAGAACUUCUCAUUUUGGCUGCUGAUCUUCCAGCUGUUACUGUGAGAUGCAUAUCUAAUUGUGAAUCAAAACUUAAUUUCAAAGAGCGUGUAAUAUAUGCUUUUGAUUGUGAAAAUUGUGGUUCUAAAAGAUUAAUAACUCAGUGGAGCAUAACAGAUGACAAUAAUAUUGUUCCACCUGAAAUCAAAUUGUCAAUAAAUGCAACAACAACAGGUUUCUUGAAUCCAAGCCUUGUAAUCAAUAAAGAUAUUCUUCUUGAAUCAAAAAACUACACUUUUACUUUAAUUGUUGGUUUUGCUGAUUCUUUAAAAAGAACAAAGUUUGAGUUUACAAAGGUGACAUGUUCUAAGCCAACGCCAGGAUACUGUGUAAUUAAUCCAACAGAAGGCUAUGCUCUUGAAACAAAGUUUGUAAUACUUUGUUUUGAUUGGAGUGAUUCAGAUCAGUUGCUAAGCUACAGGUUUUAUUAUGAUAAUAGUCAGUCACAAUUUAUGCUCAUGAGUAGUACAACAACAGUUGAUUAUCCUUUAUUAAAUGCAGCAUCUACUUACCAACCCAGUUUUUUUUACUUUAUGAUGGGGCCUGGUAAUGAAAACAAUGGUUACAAUAUUAAAAUUAUAAUAAAAGUUAGUGGUAAAUACAGAGCAUACACAGAAUACAAUAUUUACAUUAAGGUUUAUUCAAGUAACAAACCUUUGAACAUAAAAGAAUUGAUAAGUGGUAUAAAUUUGAAUGAUACACAAAGUGUUGCUCAUCUUGUUCAAGCAGUUAGUUCUACCGCAAACAAAAUGUCAACAAAUUAUUCAGUUAACCCACCACUACUUAUAAAUGAUUACACUGGUAUGGCUGAAAAUGUUUUAAAUCAAGAACAAAAGAUAUCUCAAAUGCAGAAUAUUCGUACAAAAAUGGUUAAUUUGCUGAACAAUGUUGCCAUUAGUGAUUUAAAUUCUUUCAAAGUUGUAGCAGACGCUUUAGCUUUAACUUCACAAUAUCCAGUCGAGUUGGAUUUUCAAACACAGAACGAUGCAUCAAAUGUUGUUAUAAAGUUAGCUAAAUCUUUUACCAAAGAAAAUCUGAAAGGUUUUGGAGCAGACAUUUUUGAUACAAUGACUCAAUCAUUUGUAAAAUCAAUAUCCAACUUAUUCCAGGCUAGUAUAAACAAUAUAACUGCAGAUUAUUCAAAUUAUCCUAAAUCUUCUGUACAAACAACUAUAAAUUUAGAAAAUCAAAAAAUGGUAUCUAACUUGUUACAAUCUAUGGAAAACUAUUUCUUCGCUGUACAAUUUUACAAAGUUUCAGGAGAAAAUUCAACUGUCGGUCAAACAAAUCAGUUUACCUUUGAGCUAAAAAAAAAAAUUUUAAGUACUUUGAGCAACAAUUCAAUAGGUUCAUUUGCAAAGAGUGGAGUUGCAGUUAGUUCAGAAAUGCAAGUUAAAAAUUAUGAAUAUGGCUUUACACUACCAGAUUCCACAGACAUGUUUAAUGAAUCAAUUCAAAAUAUACAAGUUUUAGUCAAUAACCUCAGAAUGAAAAUCAUGGUUUACACAUGGGACACUAAUCGCUCCCAAAACAUCCUUUCUGAAACACAAAGUCUUACAUUUUAUAACCUUAAUGGUCUUUCAAUACAAGUGAAAAACACCUCAAAACCAAUCAACAUUGCCAUAAAAAACAUUCCAGAAAAAAUGAAUGGGACGAAUAUAUCUUUAUCGAUUCCUAACAAUAUAUAUCAAGUUAAGCUAUUUUUGAAAUCAGAUUGUAACAUGCUCCUAAAGUUUUUGUUUAAAAAUGAUGAAAAUAAUUCAACCAAUCUUAUUGUUUACAUUCAGUAUGGAAAAAUUGCAACAAAACUUGAUUAUGAUAUUAUGCUGAAUGUUUCCAAUAACCAUGGCAUUUUUAUGACAAAAAAUAGCUUACCUGUUUCAAAUACAAAUCUUGGUGAUACUGGAAAAGAAGCAAAAAACAAUUUUUCAGGAGUUUUACAGAGAAAUCAAGAUGUUAUUCUUUUUAAUGACAGUUCAUUAAUAUUGUGGAAUUUCCUGGAGUCAACAUAUGCUUUUCUAAACAAAACUGAGUUGCAUUUAUCUUUUUUAUAUGUUGGACCGAUGCCUGAUAAAAAAUUAGAUGUCAAUCCAUACACUUUUGAUGAAGCAGAAUCUGCUGGGACGUUUGACUAUGAAAUAAAAUCAUUUUGUGCUGAAUGUAACUACUGGAGUGAAGAUACUAAUAGAUGGAUGUCUGAUGGGUGUAAGCUUGAUGUAGCAAACACAAGUUUUUCCAUCACAAAGUGUAAAUGUACUCAUUUAACUGCAUUUGGUGGAUUUUUUGUUGCCCCAAACCCUCUAUUUAUGCCCACCUUUGCUUUGUUCAAAAAGGGGUAUGCUCUAACUGUAACUGUUGCAGUUGUCAUUCUCCUGUGGCUCGUUGGGUUGGUACUCUGCAGAAGAAUGGAUAAAAAAGAUCUUAAUAAGGUUGGUGUUUGUCCACUUCUUGAUAAUCAAUAUGGUGAUACUUAUCUAUACCAAAUAAUAGUAAAUACAGGUAGUCGAAGAAAUGCUGGCACAAAGUCUAACAUAUUUUUUACUGUUGUUGGUGACCUUAAUGACAGUGGAGUGAGACGUCUAAGAGAUGCUGAAAGAGAAUGUUUUCAAAGGGCAAGUUGUGAUGUUUUUAUAAUGACUACCCAUAAUUCUCUUGGUGAAUUAGAUUUUAUUAGACUGUGGCAUGACAAUAGUGGUGGAGGUUGGUAUGUAAAAAAUAUAAUAAUCAAUGAUCUUCAAAUUAAAAAACAAUUUGUUUUUAUUGGACGCCGGUGGAUUGCUGCAGAUUGUGGCCCUUGUACAUUAGAUUGCGUAAUACCAGUAGCAUCAGUGGACGAACAAAAAAACUUUACUUAUGUUUUUAUAUCUAAAGCAGAACAAAAUCUUUUUGAUGAACAUUUAUGGUUUUCAAUCUUUGCUCGGCUACCUAAAAAUACUUUUACCAGGUGUCAAAGAUUAUCUGUUGCUAUUUCUUUGAUUAUGACUUCAAUGAUGGUAAGUGCAAUGUACUACACUCGUGUGAAUAAAGAAAAACCUGAAGAUGAAAAUAAGGGUACAUUUUCCUUAUCAAAGACACAAAUUUUUGUGGUUUUUCUUUCCACUUGCAUAAAGAUACCUAUCCAUUUAAUUCUAUUAAAGUUUUUUCGUUUAAAAAAACCACUUCGAAGUUUAAUUCAACACCAUUUAACUGAUAUUUCACUUGAUAGAGAAAAUUAUUUGGAACAAAGUCCAUCCAAAUCUCUACCUGAGAACUUCAAUUCAACCCCAAAUUCAACAAGCGUUGUUAUUGAAAAAGCAAACCCUUCCUUAAUUAUAAAAAAAAAUUAUUUAUUGAAUUGGUGUUUAUACAUAGCAUGGAUUAUUUGUGUUGGAAAUAUUUUUAUAUGUGGUUUAGUUGUUUUGUGGUAUGGAAUGUCCUUUGGAAAUAGUAAAUCAUUAAACUGGUUAGCAGUCAUAACAAUAGAUUUUGCUAAAGAGAUUUUUUUAACUGACCCAAUCAAAAUAUUUAUUAUGGCAAUUUUUUUCGCCCUUAUUGUAAAAAAAAUUAAUGAAGAAAGUGAUGUUGAAAAGCAAGGAGUAUUAUUAGUUCAAGAUAAAAGUUGGCUCAACAAAUUAAAAGGUGUGCCAACUAUUUUUGAAAGGAAAGAUAUUGAACUGCAACCACUUAAUUCUACUAAAGUACAAGAAAUGCAAGAAAAAAGAUUUAAGGAACUGAAAAUGCAUGCUUUAACAAAUGAGAUUGUUUUGUACACAAUAUAUGCUGUUUUAGUGAUGUUAAUUGGCUACAUGACACGUGAAAAUGUUGCUUAUAAUCAAACUCGGAAUGUUCAAGAACUCUUCAAUCUUACCCCAAGAGGAAUUCCAUGGCCAAGAGAGUAUAGUAAAAUUUAUGGCAAGAUACAAUCAUCUCAAGAUAUAUGGUUGUGGUUAGAGGAAUUUUUUUUGGUACAAGUCUACCCAGUACCUUGGUAUAAUUUGAGUGAUGCAUAUGCAAAUAAGAAUAAGAAAGACUUUCCUGGAAAACUGUUUUUAAAUGAUCUUACUUCAAAAAUUGUGAAUGGAAUACGAAUUCGACAAAUUCGCGUGAAGCCUAAUACCUGUAUAAAAGCCAACUCUGUUGCUGAUUUUACAAUAGACUGUUUGUCUCCAUAUAAAACAUCUCUUGAAGAAACAAGAGAUUUUGAUUUAAAUUGGACAAUACCAAAACAUUAUAACUCACCUAUAUAUCCUUCAACUAUGCCAUGGAGAUAUCAAACAUGGCAAGAACUUGAUGGGUAUCCAUAUACAGCAAAUUUAGACACUUACUAUGGUGGAGGUUAUGUUAUAGAAAUCUAUCCUAAAUGGAAAAACAAGGCUAUACUGGAACAAGUAAAAAAAUCAAGAUGGAUUGAUAGACAAACCCGAGCUGUAAUAAUAGAGUUUGCUUUGUUUAAUGCUGCUACCAAUUAUUUUAGCAUGGUCACAAUGGCCUUGGAAUUUCCUGCCUCUGGUGGAGUUAUCCCUAAUUUUUCUGUUCUAACAUUUAAGUUGUAUGCAUCAGUAACUGGAUCAAAAGUUAUAUUAGGUUCUUAUUUUCUUUUUAUUUUAAUAACAAUUUUGUUUGCCAUUCGAGAAUGUCGUUAUCUUUAUCAAACUGGUCCUAAAUAUUUUCUUGAGUUUUGGAACUUGGUUGAAGUUGCAUUGAUAAAUUUAUCAAUUAUUGCAGUUGUAUUUUUUUUUUAUAAAGGGCAUUUAGCCAAGAUGUUGUUGCAACGGAUUCCGCAAAAGAAACCGAAUAAGUUUAUCAACUUCCAGUUUGCUUCUUACUGGGAUCUGGCAUAUAUAUACAUUGUAUCACUCAUUGUAUUUUUUGUAACUUUAAAGUUCAUUAAACUUUUGCGAUUCAAUUGUCGAAUGUUGAUGUUAUCUUCUACUUUAAAGAAUGCAUGGUAUCCUUUGACUAUGUUUGGAAUAAUAUUUUUCAUUAUAUUGUGCUCAGUUGUGUCAACAUCUAGCAUUGUUUUUGGUUCAUUGCUGUAUGGAUAUCAAAAUUACUUCAAAACAUUAGCUUCUAUAAUAUCAUUAUUGUUGGGAAAAUUUAGUUACAGUCAGUUUGAAAAUGCCAAUAACGUUCUUGGGCCAAGCUUUUUUUUUGGAUUUAAUUUCAUUGUUAUAUGGAUUGUUAUGAACAUUUUUAUUUCAAUAUUAAAUGAUGCUUUUGCUGAAGUUUGUGCAGAUUUCCAGUUUCAGACUAAUGAAUAUGAAAUGAUUAAUUUUAUAAUUGUUAAUUUAAAAGAACUGUUUGGAUGGAAUCCUUCUAAGAAAAGUGUGGAUAUAACUACAAAUCAAAAAGUAGGACUUAGAGAGGAUAGCAGUAUGGAUUGUAUGGGAUUGCUUAGAAAAUCAAAAUUACAUCAGUUCACUGAACUUAAUCAAGAAAAACCAAUCAUUAAUCAAAUUUUGAAACUGUCAAAUUACGAAAAUUUAUCGAAAAAAGAUAUAGAUAUUGUCGAACACGAAUCAUUAUAUAAGUUUGUCAAUUGUAUGAGUGCUGUAUACGAAUCAAGUUUUGCUUUGGAAAAAAAAGGAAACAAAGUUGUUGAGUAGACGAAGAUGAAAAGAAGCAAAGUUGUUGAGAAGGAGAAGUUGAAAAGAUUACUUAAAGCAUACUUCAAAACAACAACAAAAAAUAACAAUGUUUUAACAAGAAAUUUGGUUAAUUUUUUUUGUUUUUGAUUACGUGUAUAAUUUUUUUUUUGAUUCACUUUGUUGUUUUUUUUAAGUAUCUUUUUUCUUUAUUUAUUUUAUAUGUGUACAUAGUUCCACUAUUUGCUAUUCUCGUAAGCUUGGUGUUUUUAUUACAAUUAUUAAAUUUUUAUUGUAAAUACAGUAGCAACUAUUAGACCAGAUUCUGGCGGUUUACAUAAAAAUUGACAAUUUAUUUUAAAUGUAAAUAAUAAUGUAUUUAAAAAAAAAAUUAUAGCACAAA